UUUGCUACCCAAAUUUGAGGCAGGCUGUGCUGCUUGCAACCAGCAGCUAGCUGGAGACAAAAGCUAAUAACAAUAACAACAAAUAUCAAAUUUGUGAUGUGUGUCUAACUGUGUGUGUGUGCGUGUGUGCCUGUGUGUGUGUAUAUAGUGCAAUACUCGAGUGCUAUUGUUUGCAGCUACUGUUGCGGCAAUUGCAACUGUAAACAAGCAUCGCCCGCCCGCUACUUUGGUGCCACAUAUUGGGCAACUGCAACUGCAACUGCAACUGCAGUCAACAAGUCCCCGUUGUUGGGCCAAGCCAGGCAAAACUGACACGAAACGUUUUCCUUUCUUUUCGUGGUGUGGCACAAAAUUUAUUUAUUAAAAACAAUUUAAACGCUUUUUAAGUUUUUUAACGAGCACUGCGCGCGUUUACUGUCGCGCCCGCGUUUUUUUAGCGGUUUCUUUAUUGUUGCCUUGCCGUAUUGAUUGGAAAGUCGCUUUUGUUUACGCUUUGUCAAAAGGUCAUAAGCAAUACAACAGCAAACAACAGCAACAGCAAACAUAGGCAACAGCAAGCAACAGGCGGUUGCUUAGCAACAUUAUUUUUUACUGGCAACAUAUUUAGCUAGCGUUAGCAACAUGUUGCCAAGGCUCACAUUCGCUGUGCUCAUCGUCUUUUGUGGAUAUUUACUGUUUACGGAUUGCCGCGAAACGGAACGUUCGAAGCGCACCAAACGCCCACGCGCGCCGGAGCCCGCCGUUAACUUUGAGCCGGAGCCGCAGCAGGAUCUGGAGAACGAGGAGAGCGGCAGCCAGGAAAAGGAUCUGCCCGAAAUACCCGAUAAUUUUCUGAGUCCAUCAGUGCGCGAAUAUCUGGAGCUGGGCAAAUCAAUACCGGGUCGACCCGGCGUAGACUAUCCCAUACUCUCGGCCAUACCCUAUACGAACUUCUACUGCGACGAACAGUCCUAUCCGGGCUUCUUCGCGGACAUGGAAACCAGAUGCCAGGGUUGGCACUAUUGCGACAUUGAUGGACGUCAGGCCUCGUUUCUGUGCCCCAAUGGCACUCAGUUCUCGCAGGCGGUCUUCGUCUGCGAUUGGUGGUUCAAUGUACGCUGUGAUCUCUCGCCCCGGCUCUAUGCGAUCAAUGCGCGCCUCUAUCAGCGCCCCAAGGUGAACCCAACUCGACCACAUCGCAUCAUCACCAAGCAGCUGGUCGAAGAUAUAUUCACUUGAGCAGCUCGAACAGAUCUUUUCGUAUAUAGACUUUAAAAAUAGUUUGUCAGCAACUAUUAGUGCUUAGAUUUUGUGUUUAUGCCACGAACAUGCUUGUGUCUAUCAUGAUUUAUAAAUGGUUCUCAAUUAGAUUUCGACCGCAUUUAGUUUACUUUUCAGGCGUCAAAGUGUGCUGCAAAUUUAUGCUCCUAAAACACGCUAACUUUUUUUAUU